AAAUCCAAAUCCAAGUCCAAACCCCCCUCCGCCAUUCCUCCAAUUUUCCAUUUUCGAUAUUCAUGCUGCAAUGGUGCGUGAGCUCCGCGCCGACUCCUUCUACGCCCGCCUCCGCGCCGCCGCCGCCGCCGCGGCAGCGGUUUCCUCCGCCUCCGCCUCCCCUCUCCUGAUCCUCCCGUCCGCGGCCGACGCCGACUCACUCUGCGCGCUCAGGAUCCUCGCCCACGUCCUCUCCGCCGACUCCGUCCGCUUUUCCGUCUACCCCGUCGCCUCCACCGCCGAUGCCGCCGAACUCCUCGCCUCCUUCUCGGGCGCCACUGCGUCCUCACCCCUGUCGCCGCCGCCGCUCUGCGUAUUACUUAUCAACUGGGGCGCGCGCUCCGACCUCCUCCGCGGCAUCCUGCCGCGCGGCUCCACCGCCUUCGUCGUGGAUUCGCACCGCCCCGUGAACCUCCGCAACCUCGCCGCGGGGAACGACCGCGUCAUCGUGCUCUUCACCGCUGAUGACGAGCGCGCCGCCGACCUGUCGUAUGACUUCGACGCGUCCUCCCUUGCCGACGCCUCCGACCUAACGGCCGAGGGGGACGCGGACGACGACCACCUCCGCGCCUCCGAGGAGGAGGAGUCAGAUACCUCGGAUUACGAUUCCGGCGCCGAGGGCGGGAGGAGGAAGAGACGGUGGGCGUCCGAUGACGCGGAGGCGGACGGUGACGAUCCGGUGAGGCUGUUCGGGAGGCUGCGGCGGGAGUACUACCGGCUCGGCACCUUCCACGGGAAGCCGUCGGGGUGCCUCAUGUACGACCUCGCCCACGCGCUGCGCAGGAACACCAACGAGCUCCUCUGGCUUGCCUGCGUCUCCCUCACCGACCAGUUCGUCCACGAGCGCAUCACCAACGAGCGCUACCAGGACGCGGGCAUGGAGCUCGAGCAGCACAUCAACGGAUCCGGCAACCUCGAUCCGUCCGGCGUCGGCUCCGUGGUCACCCUCAAGGACGGGACCAGGAUCCGUGCGCCCGAGACCUCCCGCAUCGCCUACGAGGACGAGCCGAGGCUUAUGCUGCUGCGGGAGUGGACCUUGUUCGACUCCAUGGUCUGCUCCUCUUAUGUCGCGACGAGGCUCAAGACGUGGAGCGACAACGGGCUCAAGAAGCUGAAGCUUCUUCUGGCGAGGAUGGGGUUCCCGCUCGCCGACUGCCAGAAGGGGUUCCAGUACAUGAGCAUGGAGGUCAAGAGGAAGAUGCGCGAUGAGUUUGACCGCUUCCUGCCGGAGUAUGGGCUCACCGAGUUCUACUACAGAAGCUUCCUGCGGGUGCACGGGUACAAGUCCAAGGUCUGUGCUGCGGAUGUUGUGUAUGGCGUCACAGCUUUGCUUGAAUGUAUGAGUGCCGAGUCCAACGAUUCGAAGGAGUGUUCUGCUGCUGAGCAAUUCUGGGUUGCAUACUCUGCGCUGUCUCCGAGCAAUGUGGAUCAGCUGCAAAAAGGAAUGCAAUCUGCAAUUGAGAUACAGAGGGCUAUAUUGAGGCAAGGGAGCUCGGCAAUUACCAAGAGCGGCUUCAUACGGAGUGCAAAGAAGUUCAGGUGGGUGAAGCUCGAUGACCCAGUGGACACGAGCAAGCUGUGCCACCCUCAGGCGCUUACCAAGUUCUGCUUCUUCCUGAUGGAUGCACUGAAGGAACGGGGUGCAAGGACGAAGCCACUGGUGUGUGCUUGCUUAGGGAGGGAGCCUGAGAAGGUGCUGGUAGUUGGGGUAUGGGGGAAGCCCAGGCUUGGGGCAGUUCAGGGGAAUUCGUUCGGUAAUGCAUUUAGGUCAGCGGCAGGGGAGAUUGGCGCAGACUAUUUCCAUGACAUGUUUGAGUCAUCAUGGAUUGUUCUUGACGUUGUUGCUGUCAGUUCUUUCAUGAUUCGGUUAACGGAGAAGCUGUAAUGAUGGCAUGCGCUGUCUAUGCUAGUUAUCCUUUUAGUCCCAAAACAAGAAGGGACUUGAGGCUUGAUUCUGCCUCCAAAUAUAGGAGCUUCAGUCCUGGCGGUACAUGACAUGUAUUCUCUCCUUAUCCACCUGAACUUUUUCAUGAUCAUGUUUUGCAGCGAGAAAGGAGGUUUUCCCACUGUUUAGCCAAUUCAAUUAGCAAAUGAUAGAUCAAUAAAAUUCAGAUGCAAACCUUGUCACAAUAUGGAGAUGGACAAGGUAUAUGGUACUGUUGACCUGAUAGUGUACCUUGUAUCUGUGCUUGCAUAAGUACGUGCCUUCUGAUUAUAGAAAAGUGUCGUCUCCUCUUUUUGUGCCACUAGAGUUACUUGAAGUUCUUGAAGUGUGUAAACUAACGAGCCUUUUUUUGAA